AUGGUGGUGAUCCGAUUGGAUUCUGCUGUUAGGUUGUGGGGCGUUACAUUUGUGGUAUCAGAGCAGAGGUUUAAAAUCUUUUCUGAAGAUAGAAGAAGGCAUAUGAACAUACUUUGGCUGGGAAGCUUGGAAGUAAUGACACCAAAAAGGAAGACAGGGAAUGUCGACCACGAGGGUGACUACAACUUAGUUGAUAAUUUAGCUGGUUUGAUUCAGCAACAGACUAGAAUGGAUGGCGAACAGAUACAAAAAUUGUUCGAUAUGCAACAGCGAACCCAUGAACAAAACCAACAACCUCCUCCACAAGCUAGACACGAUAACUCUCUUACCGUGUAUGAGAAAUUUCGUAAAAUGGAACCGGUUGAUUUCUAUGGUGGGUCUGAUCCUAUGGUUGCGGAAGAAUGGGUAAAAUCUCUAGAUGUCAUCUUUGAUUACAUGCGAAUCGAAGAUUCCGAGAAAGUACUUUGUGCCAUUUUCCCAUUGAAGAAAGAAGCUAGAACUUGGUGGGAGGGUACAAAACUUGCAGUGGAUAUGGAGAAGUUGACAUGGGAGGCAUUCAAAACAAUCUUUUAUGACAAGUAUUUCACGAGGGAUGUCCGGUCACUCAAAGUAAAAGAGUUCUUAGAAUUGAAGCAGAAUGAAAGGUCCGUGUGUGACUACGUGCGAAAAUUCGAGGAGGGUUGCAAGUAUGUACCUUACAUAGCCAAAGAUAACAAAGAAAAGAUGGAUCACUUCAUGAGAGGCCUCAACCCAGUUAUUAGAAAAGAUGUAAGGAUCUCUUCUCCAAACGAGUUUCGACAAGUGGUGGACAACGCAUUAAUGGCUGACUUUGAUGAGAAGUGUAAGAAGCCAGGGCAUAUUGCAAGGGAUUGUCGCACCCCACCAGUCAAAGUUCAAGCGAGAGUGUAUGCAAUGACUAAAGAACAAGCUGAUGUAGAUGCAUCCGUUGUCUCAGGUACUAUUUUGAUUUUAGGAACUCCAACACUUGCAUUAAUAGACUCAGGAUCUACUCAUUCAUUUGCAUCACAUUCAUUGAUAAGUGGUAGAACACUUUGUGCGGAUCUUGUUGUUUUACCUGUCGCAAAUUUUGAGACUAUUUUGGGCAUGGAUUGGCUUACAAAAUAUUAUGCAACCAUUAAUUGUAAUCGGAAGGUUGUCAUCUUCCAGCCACCGGGUGAAGAACAUUUCGAGUUUGGCGGUCAUUCACUUUCAUCUUCAAUACCAUUUAUAGCUGCAUUGAAGGCUCAAAAGAUGAUGAGUAAGGGUUGUGUUGGAUACUUGGGUAAUGUUAUGGACACUUCAGUAGGAACACAAUUGCAACCCCAAGAUGUGGAUGUGGUUUAUCAAUUUCUUGAGGUAUUUCCAGAUGACUUACCAGGACUGCCACCGGAUUGA